GGUGCUGUUCGUACUGACGGUUCGUUUGCAGCCGUCUUUGCUUCGUGAUGCGUCCACUGAUGUGUGUUUCUGCACAUGGCCGUGCCGCCCAACGGGCUUCUGUAUUGUUCUACAGUUUUUCGCACUUUAUCACCGGUAAAUGGACUUAUUAUAAUUAAAUUUUCUAUUCCAACGAUUAAAAAAUACGCAUUUUGUGCCUUGAACUAUACAAAAAACGUUUUUCGUGUCGAUAAUUAUAAUUAAUGAGUCAAAAAGAUCAUAUUUAUCAUUUUUAGAAGAAUUAUAUUAUAUAUAUUAUAUACUACAUCCACCAUGACUACAUCAUCAGAAGAUGUUCUAAUGCAAGUAGGACAAGUUCGUUAUAAAAAAGGAGAUGGCACUUUAUAUGUUAUGAAUGAAAGAAUAGCCUGGAUGCUUGAUAAUAGAGAUACUGUAUCAGUCAGUCACAAAUAUGCUGAUAUUAAGUUACAAAAAAUAUCACCAGAAGGAAAAUCAAAAAUACAACUACAAGUUGUAUUGCAUGAUGGUUCAUCAUCUACAUUUCAUUUUGUAAACAGAAAUGGACAAGAAGCACAAAUUAAAGAUCGUGAUGAUGUAAAAGAAUUGCUGCAACAAUUAUUACCAAAAUUUAAAAGGAAAGUAAAUAAAGAAUUGGAAGAAAAAAAUAGGAUGCUUCAAGAAAAUCCUGUACUGCUUCAAUUGUAUAGGGAUUUGGUUAUUACACAAGUUAUUUCAUCUGAAGAAUUUUGGUCACAACAUGCUGCAGAAUAUACUCAAGCUAAAAAAAGUCAAAGACAAGAAAUUGGUGUAAAUAGUGCUUUUUUGGCUGAUAUAAAACCACAAACUGAUGGUUGUAAUGGAUUGAAAUAUAAUUUAACUGUUGAUAUUAUAGAAUGUAUAUUUAAGACUUAUCCAGCAGUAAAAAGAAAACAUCAAGAAAAUGUGCCUCAUAAAAUGACAGAAUCAGAUUUUUGGACAAAGUUCUUUCAAUCACAUUAUUUUCAUCGAGAUCGUAUCAAUGCAGGGACCAAGGAUCUUUUUACCGAAUGUGCCAAAAUAGAUGAUCAAGAACUCAAAAAAGAUAUUCAAUCGGGUAUUGAUGAUCCAUUGGUGGAUAUAAGUUCUUUUGAGGAUCAAACUUUAGAUGAGAAUUAUGGAAAUGGACCCAGUAAAUCUGACAAAAUUUCAGGAAACAUUGUACAUCAAAGUAUGAUUAAGAGAUUCAAUCAACAUAGCAUUAUGGUUUUAAAAGCCAGCACUGCCAAACAACAGUCUACACAGUCCAUUCAACCACAAUUAAAUGGCUCCACAUCAUCAACAAAUAAAACUACAACAUUCUCUAAUCAGUUAGAUGAACAACCAAAGACUAAAAAGCUUAGAAUACAAGAAAAAUUAACUUAUGAUGAUCUUGAUACCAGUCAUGAUAUAAACACAAAUAAUAAUACACCAUUAAAUUUAAAUCAUGUAGACAGGUAUUUACAUGGUCCAGUUCCAGGAUACAGUAAUAUAGAACCAACAUCUGAAGAACUUCUUAUAACAUUAAAUCAAUUAAAAAAAGAAGCAAGUGGUUGGCUGACAGGAAAUAGUAUACCACGGCAAUUAGCAACAUCAUUAGUUAGUCCAGCUGCAGCAGUUUCGGCCCUGGGAGAAUUAACUCCUGGUGGUUCUUUAAUGAAAGGCUUCAGAGAGGAAAGUCUUGGACAAUUAAUACCAAAGGAUUUAGAAAAAGAAUUACGUAAUGUAUAUGUGUGCACAUGUGAACUUCUAAGGCAUUUUUGGCGAAGUUUUCCACCUACAACUCCACAGCUUGAGGAAAAAGCUAUUAGAAUGCAUGAAGCAUUACACAGAUUUCAUUCUGCCAAACUUAAACCAUUUGAAGAUCGUGUUCAACGAGAUUUUUCUGCUGUUAGUCAACAUUUGACAAAUCAUUUAAAUCAGUUAUUAAAUACAGCAUAUAGAAAAUUCGCAGUUUGGCAACAACGUAAGAUGCAAAUGAGGUAGCCAUUAAAUAAUUUGUCGUAUAAUUGAAAACAACGUGAAUAAAGUUGAGCAAUAUUGAUCAUCUUA